AUGAGUUGCAUGGUUUGUUUGUCAAUUAUUGCCAAAGUUGUGUGUUAAGUAAAUAGAAAGAGUGUCUCCUGCACUUCAAAAUGAAGAAAAGAAUCAAUAAAUCUGAAAGGAAAUUUCAGUAUGCAGGAAGAUCGCAACAAUCUGGUCAGAAACCUAAGGAUUUAAACCUGCAUGCAAGAUCCCAGUGGCAAUGGAUUUGGACUAAAAUGGGACUACUUUCUCUCUGCAUCCUCUCUGUAUCAAUACCGCUUCUUCUGCAUCUCUUCUCUGACUCUAUUGACCUCAGCCGACCAUCAGAUAUAGGGCUCAAUCACACUAUAAACAUGUACCUCACACCUGGGGAGGCGGUGAGAGUGGGCGUGUGGCACACUGUACCUGAACAUAGAUGGAAGGAGGCGCAGGGGAAAGAUCUAGACUGGUAUGAGAACGCUCUGGGGGACGGAUCGCCCAUUUUCAUCUACCUCCAUGGCAAUGGGGGUAACAGAUCUGCACCGCAUCGUAUUGGAAUUGCAAAUGUCUUGAGUGCUGUUGGAUAUCACGUUUUGGUGUUGGACUACAGAGGUUUUGGGGACUCCACUGGUGAGCCUACAGAGGCCGGUCUGUGUACUGAUGUCUUAUACUUGUACCACUGGGUUAAGGCACGUAGUGGAAACAGCCCGGUGUGUGUGUGGGGUCACUCGCUUGGUAGUGGUGUUGCAUCUACCACUGCAGUUAAAUUACUAGAACAAGGAAAACAGUUUGAUGGAAUAAUACUCGAGGGUGCAUUCCUAAAUGCGAGGAUGGAAACUAAUAAACUUACCGAACACCCUUUUACCUGGUUUUAUUGGAAGUUCCCAUACAUUCAGUACUUCUUGUUCAAUCCACUGAAAAGCAAAGAUUUGAACCUUCCAACUGAUGAGAAUUUGCAAAAAAUUCAAACCCCCCUUAUGAUUCUCCAUGCUGAAGAUGACCAUUUAGUGCCCUUUGCCUCAGCUCAAGAGAUCUACAGAAUUGCAAAAAAGGCCCAAAACUCAGAUGAGCAUGUCAAGCUAGUACGAUUUGAUGGAGCGCUUGAAUACCUUCAUAAUGGGCUGUAUAAAGACCCUGGUUUGCCAAAUAUCAUAAGGGAGUUUAUGCAGUCACUGAUGACAUGAGAGACACACACAGAAGGAGGAGGAUUUACACCAACUAAUAACUGGCUAAAUAGCUGUACAUCUGGUGCUAUAACUGUAAAUUUAGUUGUUUUAAACAGUAUGCACUUCUUGGAUAUAAAACAUUGUAAUAUCUGAAGUAAAUUUUACAGAAUUCCCCCCAUCAAGGUAAAUUUAUUGCCUUGUUAAUAUUUGUAACAUUUAAAUCUUUCAAGACUGCAGUGAAACCUUUUUCACAAUGCAUAAUAAAAUCAGUUGCAUAG